GGGUUAUACCCGGUUAACCCUUUAUAUCUAUAAAAUGUAUUGUCGUUAUAUGGUGUUCACCGGUAUUAUUCUUCAAUUGAUGUAUAAUAUGUAUUCACAAGUUGCACCUCCAAAGAUGCUUUUAACGCAGUCUAACUCAAGCAAAGAAGAGUCAAUGGACAUUUUUAUUAAUGUUUCUGGACAGUCAUCCUGUGUUUAUUUCGCUGAAGCCGAACCAAAACAAGCCGGAAUUAUGAAAGAGAAGCGUUCUCGUUUCUGUGAAAACCUAAUGAAAUUUGAGCAAUUAAAAGCAAGGAAUCAAGCAAUAUCAUGCAAACCUUUGUCUGAGAAAACUGUAAGAAAACGGUGUAGAGAAAAAAGUGUCGAUGGUGAAUCAUUAGGUUUGAAAACACCAAUGAGAGAAAUAUUGCAAAAUAACGCUAAUGGAUGGAAAGAAAUUUGUGCAAAUAUUGAUGCAAAUGUACAUCAUUGUAUUUCCAAGGAUCAACCAAAGUCACAGCUGGAAGAGAAGUUGGACAAAGCCAUAAGCCGGGGGAAUUUUACCGAGGCUGAGAAACUGAGUGAUCAAAUGUCCCAAGAAGAACUUGCUGUUAAGAUAACUGAAGCAAUAAGUACAAGAGAUUACCAAAAGGCAAACAAUUCUAAUAUAAAAUGGAAUAAAUCCAAAAGAAAGAAAAAAUUACUUUGGGGAUUUCAGCAGAAAGAAAGAUGGGAGAGCAAAGGAAAUAUGUAAAAUGAAAUAGCUUACUGCAAGUAUGGAUGUAUAUUAUAUAACUAAUUACUUGUUCUUCACAAAGUUGGGAAUAUGUUGAAAUUGUAUCUGACAUUGUUAUUUGUGUCAACUUAAUAUAUAAUUGAUUGUUAAAGAAUUGCAGAGUGAAAUACUCAACUUAAAUAAUGUCGUUGGUAAGUGUCACUCAUGACAUGAAAUAAUGACAUAUUAGCCAGCUCUUCCCACGUGAGAGGCCAUCAAACAGUGUGUUUGUGCGAGGACAAUCAGGGUAUUUUCUAUUGCAAUAAAAUUUUCACUUUACAUGA